UGUGGUCAGAAAUACCAUUUACAAAGCGACCAACGUGUUUGGGGAGUCAACUGAGCACCAUCCGUCGUCCAUAAAACAUAUAUAUUUUUGAGGAUUUUGACCAGAACAUACUUAUUAUUAAUCAUAUUUUGGUUGUCUCGUUAGAAAUCAUCACAAAAAUGGCAGAUCCGACUACACAGUCUGCCCAGAUUUCGUCCUCGCUGAACGCUUCAUCGACAAAAGAAUCCUCAUAUUACGGUAGGAAAUUAACAUUUUUAAAGCGUUUUUGUGUUGAAUGCGAAUGCAAACAUUUUGACUUAGUUCGAGCUCAGUACAACCACCCUAGUAUACAUCGAUGCACGUUCGAACAAUUGACGUGUGGGAUGAUUUACUUUGAGCAACGGCGCGUCUGACAGCUAGCUGGCUGACUUAGCUAGCUAACGUUAGUAAUUUCACAACAGAAUAUAAAUGUUGAAGACACUAAUAACUAGCUAGUUAUAGCUAACCCCCUCUCUCUUUUGGUUAGCAAUGUUGCGAAAUGCCCAUACUAUAAAUUCUUGGACCGUUUAAGACCAGACAAAGCCUUUGGAUAUUCGAGUACCUAACGUUAGACAACAAAAGGUCGUUUGUUCACUCAGCUGAUCUCUGACCAGUGUUAUUAGCUAUGUAAGGUAACUAUUGUAUUUCCAAUGUGUUGCAAGCUAACUAAUACACUAGCUACUUACUGAGGCUAAAGCUGCAAGCUUAUGCAAAUAAAAUAUUGCUGUAACGUUAGCUAAUUAGCUAAAAGACUACUGACUAACGUUAUACUGGCGCCUCAUCCAGGAGUCAUACUCCUAUGGAUACAUGAGAGAUGCUUAACUAGAUUGGGGAGAGCACAUGCCCCUAUUCAAAUGCUUCUAAUAACCACCCUGCCGAAAGUUGGUUGAGCAAAUGCAUGGUUACCAUCCUUUUGCUUUCAUGAAUUAAAACCAACCUUGUCAGGUCAGUGAUUUCCUCUAGGAAAUAAGGAUGCAUGCCCUGUUCUGGUUUUUAUGCCACAGUUAUGUUAUACCAGCCACCUUUUAGUUGUGUACAAGAUCACCACUUAUUAAGUGUAGGUGAAAUAUGUAAUUGAUGUAGCCUAGUCCUUCCCGAACUGGCAUCACAUUCACAGGUGAGGGACUCCAUAUUUCACAGGUGAGGGACUCCAUAUUUAACAACUUGACACCAGACUACAAAAAGCCUGCAGGCUAGAGCCUACAUCCCAUUGGGAAUGGAUGAAUGACUACUAUGAAGGCUACUAUGAAUUAAAUGAAAGUCCCACUGAAUUUGAGUUGCUAGAUAUAAGACAAUUGACUGGAUGACGAAUUUUUCAGGAUAAUGAUAACCAGUUGCCACUAGAAUUAGAAAACCUUUAUUGUCCAUGCAGUGCAGACAUUUUUCUGGCUUCACCAUAUAAAAACAGACUUAAAACAUCAGCUCAAUAGGCCUAAGCAACUAUUUUUCAGUGGUGAUUGUGGACUGAUGCCUUGGUGAAAUAGUGAAUAGCAUGAUAUGACCAAAUAAUGGACCGCUGUCGAUUGUCCCAGUUUCUCAAGCGUUUAAAGGUGUUGCAUGUACCUUCCAUUUCAUGAUUUGUAACCCUGAAAAAUUGUAUUUGAUGUGAUCUGAGACUAAUACCUGUGUGUUGUAACAUGAAUAAUCCUUACAGCCAUGACUCAUUCAGCUAGAAUGAACUGGUGGUAUUGCAUUUUGCAAAGAUUGCAGUCAUGGGGUCAAACCUAAGGUCAUAUGGGACACAUUUGUAACUUUGUGCUCACAGGUUUCUCUCAUCAAAACUACCCUUCAGUAUUAGGGUUUGGAAAAUUCCAUGGUAACGGAAUUGGUCUGAGACUCAGAUUUUUCACUUAAAAUGUAUGCCAAAAAAACAGAUAAUUAAUUAAAAUGUUUAACAAACCAUACAACACUCUGCACAAGGAGUUUUUAAAAACAAUUUACACUAACAUUUUACAAAAAUCUCCCUUAGUUUAUGGCCACGUUUUCCCAAAACGGUUAAAUGUCUACUCGGAAUUAAGAUUCUCAUAUUAUUAUUAUUAUUAUUAUUAUUAUUAAGAUUCAACAAUGUCUGGUAAAAUAAUGGGGUGUCAGCUAUGACAUGACACAUUGACUUUGAAAACAUCUAUUUUGCUUAUUGAGCUACAGUAAGUGAAGUGGAUUUACACCCGGAAACGGAAUUUCAUCAUGGGUCCCUGAUCUGUACUACACAGAAAUGCAUAAUUAUGGAUAUGAAUGUCGUUCUCUUCAUGGUGACGUAUCCUAAAUAGGUACACAAAGGUAUAUGCAAUAUCCUCCUUUGCGUUUGGGUAUUAUUCUACACACUGGCUAGCUAUUAUUUUAAGGAGCUCUUCCCCCAAACAAGACCACAUUUGGUUGGUCCGGACCAAAUCUGAACCAAUCAUAGACGUCUAUGUUUCACAAGUUUGGACAUCAAAGUACAGCACAGUAGAGUACAGUAACUUAUAGUGUGCUCUACUGUUUUAAUGCACUGAACUAUACUCUACUUUUCUUUACUGUACUUGAACGAUAUGCUACUUUUCUGUAUUGUACUGUCCAAACUUGUCAACACAACUGUGCUUUGUGACUACUAUGAUUUCCCAUUGUAACCAAUGAAAUUGCUGAAAUUCCGUUAUCAAUCUUUCUGAAAUUCCGUUACCGAUUUGGUAACGGAAUUCAGAGUUUUAAUCACUGAAUCAUUCCUAAACAAAAUUGAUAUCAGUAAAAACACCAUUACUAAUUGAUAGGUCUACCUUCACUUGGUACUUCUAUGAACUUUCAUUAUCCUCCCUCCUCAUGAGGGAGAGAAAUUAGAAAAUAUCUUGAUGAUAUGUGGGUUUUUGGUAACGGAAUUUCAAGGCACAAGGCAAUGUUUCUUAAACUUACAGAAGGCAUAACCAUUUCUCAAACUAAAUAGAUGUUGAUAUUAGUUGGCAGGGGUGUUUACUUCAACAUUGUGUUUUGAUCUAUUUCUAAUACCUUUUUAAGACUUUUUCUGGUAGAUGUUUUUUAAAGCUGGGUGGAUACUACAAGACUUUCAAAAUCCUAACAUCGCUGAGCCUCUCACAUUAAACAACCAUCUUUCCUGUAGUUUUUAUUUUCUCGCCAACGUAGUGGUGAGCACACUAAACGACGGGGCACAGACGGGGGUCACACAUUACAAGAUUCUUCACUUGGUCGUGAUGAUUGUCGAUACCACGCUGACUCGCGGAAACUGUGAUGUGAUUAGAUUUAACGUAGCUACAACGGGCUGUGGCAUAAAGCAGGCUCAUAAACGUUUUCAGUCAGACAUUCACGCUUGCCAUACAGAGUUGAAAUAUCUAGCCAACAUUUUCAAUUGAAUUAAAUUGCUUGUGAACUUCAGAGCUGUAACGAUUUAACACUGGCUUUUGGUUAAAGGCAAGUACAAACGUAAACUAGUAGUAGUCAACGCUCCUGCUCGAGGUUCUACACAUCCUGGGUGAUGCGAAACAACGUUAUCAUCUCAUUGGCUUCUUCUCUGGCGAGCUCUCAUUGGCUAUUGCUAAUCACCGUUCUCAAAACUUGCCGUUGCACAUCUCACACUACAAGAGCAUUGCAGAUUUUGUGCCGAUAAAAUCAAACAUGUUUGAAAAUAUCGGGACUGCUGAAAGACGAGAUCGGUAGCCCUCAGAUUGCGUCUCUGACCCGCUCACAUAAAAAAUGCGUCUGUGACGGCCGCAUGCCCCAAGUAGGUAACGACAUGGGGAUUUUGUUUCCGAUCUCAAACUUGGGACAGCUAAAUCGGGGCCAAAUUGUUGUAGUGUACACCCGUCUUAAGACCCCUGUUCGGUUUGUUUGACCAGAAAUCAAAACCUUAUUCCUAAUUUUUAGGAUGGAAAAUGGUUGAAAUGUAUUUAAUAAAAAAUAAAAAAAUUGACUCUUAGCUUUCAAUUUAACAUUCUCCUAUGAACUUCACAUGUUGGUGCUCAGGGUCCUUUUUAGAUGGAAAUGACCAUUUUAUAAAUGAGAUCUGUGAUCGUCUGACAGUCAGGUUUGGCUUGAUAAUUAAUCCUGCUCGAUCCUGUUUGUCCCUCGUCCUUCCUCCAGUGAUGAAGAUGGUGUACUGGCGGGACCCAAAGAAGUCUGCGGUGGCCUUUGGCAUGUCCCUGCUGGUCCUUGUGUCCCUGGCUACCUUCAGCGUCAUCAGUGUGGUCUCCUACCUGCUGCUGGCACUGCUCUGUGUCACAAUCACCUUCCGCGUCUACAAGUCUGUCAUUCAGGCAGUGCAGAAGUCUGACGAGGGCCACCCCUUCAAGUAUGACAGCUCAGGAUAUAUACGUAGUAAUACACAAGGCACAUUGAACUUUACCCCUUGGAGUCAUUGUCUGAUUUGAGUCGUUGUAGUUUAAGCUUAGUUUUGUUUGUUAGGUGAUGAUGGUAAAUCUUUGUCUCCCUCAGGGUUCUGAUGGAGAAGGACCUGACUGUUCAGCCUGAGACUUUCCGUAAAUAUGUGGAUGUGUGUCUGACCUAUGUGAAUCAUGCCGUCAAACAGGCCAGACACCUGCUGCUGGUGGAGGACCUGGUGGACUCACUUAAGGUACUCACUUAAGAACUCUCUUGAAAAAAACGAUCUGGCCUUAAUGGCCAAAUGUACUCUUAAAUCUCUACCCGGUACAGCCAGAAGAGGACUGGGCACCCCUUGGAGUCUGGUUCCUCUCUAGGUUUGUGCCUUUUCCUAGCCAUGCUUCUGCAUUGCUUGCUCUUUGGGGUUUUAGGCUGGGUGUCUGUAAACCAGUUUGACAACUGCUUUUUACAAUUCUUAAAGUGGGGGGUUCUAAGCUGACAUAUGGAAUUUGGUCAGGUUGCCUAAAAGUUACAUAUUGUAGCUUCAAUUGGAUCUAACCGAUUAAUUCUAGCAGGGCUUGAUAUAGACUUCUGUCUGUAUAGCGAGGAGAGUAGUUUUGUGACUUGUGAGUCUGUCAGUCUAGUUCCAUCUACUGGACUGAAUGGGAAUACUCUCUUUCUUAGCAUUUAUUUUGACUGUAGAAAAACUCUGCUGAAAGUAGUGCUUAGAAUUGUUUUCAAUUUGUAAAAAAAUAUUUUGCAUGCCUUAAGAGUUGUCUUAAGUCUUGGUCCAUAUACACUGUGGCCACCUUCUGUGCCUUUGGAGAUAUGUUUUCACAACUCUGAAGUCUACUCUAUCAUGCAUUGAAACGGCUGGCUAAGAAAGCCUGAAAAGCUGUCAUGUGAUGAGGACUGGCAGAGCGAGAAAUACCAGGCCGAUGUUCAAAUUAGGGAUUAAGGGUUUAUCAGAUGAAGAAAGGAUUGGAUUACACAGCUGAAGGCGGCCAGUGUAUGUGGUAUCUUAACAAUAUGUUCUUAUAUAGGCUACAUAUUAUGGGAUGCUCAUUAUAUUUUCAUUUUCUUCAGACACACAAAAUGUUAGAAUGAGUUGGUAACAAUUUCGAUGAUAAUACAAUGAAUCUAUAGUGGCCAAGGAAAUUGCAGUCCUUAUGCUUGUCAUGCCAUUUAGCCAUAUAGUGUGGUGGUGGUCUGAAAUGUGCUGGUCCAUCUCUGUUGCAGCUGGCUGGUUUCAUGUGGCUGAUGACCUAUGUGGGAGCUGUCUUUAAUGGCAUCACCAUCCUGAUACUGGGUAAGACACUGUCCAGUCAUUGAUUUUUGCCUAAUGUCACAAAACAUUCACUUAGACACUUUAUAUUCAUAUUAAUGAUAAUUUGUUUUUAGUAUUCUCUAGGAACCUAGACUUUUAUCGUCAUGCUUUUUAAUUCAACUACAGGUGUUGUUGUUUUUACAUAUCUGCCUAAAUAAUUGAGCCUUAUGGGAUAGAUAAAGUAUUAUGAAUUGAAACAAUCAGACUUACGUUUACACUAAAGAGUGGUGGAGGGGGGAAUGGUCUGAAUGAUCCAUAGUAGACAUGGUUUAAGUUGCCUUGAGAGAUCCUGUGCAAUACUGCUGUAAUAAAUAGCUCUUUAAACGGGUCGAUAGUAUUCAAUGAAUAGCUUUGUGUUAAACUAGCAUGUUAGAGGUGUGUCCGAUGCUACACUACAUUUAUACACUACAUACAGUAUGUGGACACCCCUUCAAAUGAGUGGAUUUGGCUAUUUCAGCCACACCCGUUGCUGACAAGUGUAUAAAAUCGAGCACACAGCCAUGCGAUCUCCAUAGACAAACAUUGGCAGUAGAAUGGCCUGUUCUGAAGAGCUCAGUGACUUUCAAGGUGGCACCGUCAUAGGAUGCCACCUUUCCAACAAGUCAGUUCCUCAAAUUUCUGCCCUGCUAGAGCUGCCCCGGUCAACUGUAAGUGCUGUUAUUGUGAAGUGGAAACAUCUAGUGGAAAGCCUUCCCAGAAGUGUGGAGGCUGUUAUAGCAGCAAAGGGGGGACCAACUCCAUAUUAAUGGCCAUGAUUUUGGAAUGAGAUGUUUGACGAGCAGGUGUCCACAUACCUUUGGCCAUGUCCUCUGUAGGUCAGUUGGUAGAGCAUGGCGCUUGCAACGCCAGGGUUGUGGGUUCGUUUCCCACGGGGGGCCAGUAUGAAAAUGUAUGCACUCACUAACUGUAAGUCGCUCUGGAUAAGAGCGUCUGCUAAAUGACUAAAAUGUAAAAUGUAGUGUAUCUGGAAACCUCCUUAGAAACGACAUACUUGACCGGCGUCCACUCUGUUUCUCAUUGACAGCUGAUAUCAUCUUCUUCAGCACGCCUCUGGUUUAUGAGAAAAAUAAAGUAAGUGUGAAUGGAAGCAUUUGUUUUUAUUUGGCAUACAAUUACUAGUGUUUGUUAUAAAUCUGUGUGCUUGUUGGUUAACAAUUGUUCUCUUUUAGACUCAGAUCGAUAAAUACAUUGAACUGAUUCGCACCAGAGUUGAAGUCACACUUGCAAAGUAAGGGCAUUCUUUUUCUAAUCAUCAAUGUGUAGAUGAGGUGAAAUCAUAGAUCACACAAUUUUCUGUUUUUCGGCAAUAGAAGUGGACAUUUACCUUUGGUGUCAUGGCAUGAAGGAACACGACAUCAGUACCUUCAUGAUCAACUGUCUUGGUGGAACCACUAAAAGGAUUUGUCUUUCCAGAUACAAUAUGACAUCUAAUGUAUCAGUAUAUAAAGGUGUAAGGCCAGCCACACCAACCUAGUUCUAGUGCAGUAUUAUUAAUUUUUUUCCCAUUUCCUUUUCAGGCUUCAAGAUAAACUCCCUGGGGCAGUAAAGCGCACCAAAGCAGAGUGAUUGUCCAUGAACCCUAUUCAACAAUGAAUCUCUCUCCCUUAUACUUCCCUUAUACUGCAACCCCAGUCCUACACUUUCAAAUGCAUUCCCAGCGUCAAACUAGUGGCAAAGUCAUCGCUCGAUAUUCUAUGUACCGUAACUAACUUGCAUAGGGUGCAAUGCUCGUAUUUUGUUGUUGGAGCCAUCCACAUUCUGUACAUUGUCUUUGAGGAUCAAGAGACAAUGUACUCGUUAACAGAUGAUUCCUGUUUGAACCGGGGCGGCAGGUAGCUUAGUGGGU